UUGAUCCUGCCUAGUUUGCCCUACUUCUGUUUUGUCCUGUCCAGUCCUGUCCAGAUUAAACGCUCUGCUCGUAUGUGUGGGGAGUGUGAUGCGUGCCUCAGAACAGAAGACUGCUCUCAGUGCGACUUCUGUAAAGACAUGAAGAAGUUCGGAGGUCCAAACCGGAUCAGGCAGAAGUGUCGUCUGAGGCAGUGUGAAGUCAGAGCACGGAAGAUGCUCCGAGUGAAGGACGAGGAGGAGAUGGUCGGCCGUCCACCUGUGAGGGGGCGGAGCUUGCAGAGGAAAGGGGCCGGGCUUCACACAGAGGACGAAGACGACGAUGAAGCCUACAGCGAGAGUGAACUGGAGCUGUAUGAGCAGUACAAGGCAGCUGGGUACAGAGAUCUGGUUUGGCACAGUGAGGAAGAGGAGGAGGGGCAGUCUGUGAAGAAGGCUGUGAAGGUCAAACACGUGAAGAGACGAGACAAGAAACCAGAGAAGAAGAAAUCUCAGGAGUCUGUGCAUAAGGAGGAGCGUAAACACAAAGUGAAACAGCGUCACCGUGUGAGGGUCCGCCACAGUGAGCGCGGAGAGGGCGGGACUAAAGACUCUGCUUUGGGCUUGAGGCAGUGUCUGGGGCCUGGCUGUGUGGAACCAGCUCGCAAUAACUCCAAAUACUGCUCUGAGGACUGUGGCAUGAAGCUCGCUGCUAAUCGUAUCUAUGAGAUCCUGCCUCAGCGGAUCCAGCAGUGGCAGCAGAGCCCUUGCAUUGCGGAGGAGAUGGGGCGCAGACAGUUGGAGCGGAUCCGGCGAGAGCAGCAGGCCGCACGGCUUAAGCUCACCUGCUAUGGAGAAACGCUUUCACGAACUGGAGGGGAUCAUUGCCAACGCUAAACUACAGCAGGUCCAGCAUGACGAGGAGGUCCCAGAGGGAGAGGGGGAUGACACAGACCUCCAGAUCUUCUGUGUGUCGUGCAGUCAUCCCAUCAACCCCAAGGUGGCGCUGCGUCACAUGGAGAGGUGCUAUGCCAAG